AUGCCAGGCGCCGGAAGAUCAGCAGACGAGACCAGCAGUCUUCGAGGAUCAAUACGGUCUCUGGCCGUGAGGACGCGGUCUUCGUUCUCCCCAAGCCCGAGCAUCUCGGUUCAGAGUCCAGAUGAUAGCAACCGCGAUAUAGAGAUGAACGCGUUCAAUAACGAUGCAGCUCCAACAUCCAAUCGGCUAUUAGCAGUACCCAACAGGUCCGCAUCGACUCCAGGAGCUCAAGUGGACCAACGGGCCGAAGCAACUGACUCCGAAACAUUCCAGUUUACUCGACUUUACAUCCAGUCACAUAUCCAGGCCGUCAGACCAUCGCGCAUCUCGACUCAAUCCAAUACGGAAUUCAUGUUACGACGACUCGGAGGAAGUUCUGGCGUUCUCGCUGGACGAUUCUUUCGGCCACAAAGUUUUUUCUCGUCCGCUGCACCGCGAUUCGCCGAUCCAUGGCCUCUCCCGCAUACGCCAGAGCAUGUAGCCUCCACCGUCACGCCUUCUGACAGUAAUCCAAUUCCUCCUCUUCCAAGACAUAACGAGUCCGUGGAUACACUUCGUGCGAGGCUUGUGUAUCAAUCUCGCAAGCGGGGGACGCUGGAGAGUGACCUGCUCCUGAGUACCUUCGCGAAGGACCAUCUACCUUCCAUGUCGGAAGAGGAGCUCAAGGAGUACGACAAACUGCUCGAUGAAGCCGACUGGGACAUCUACUAUUGGGCUACCGGAAAACGUACUCCAUCGCAGCGUUGGGCUGACUCGCCCUUGCUGGAAACACUCAGGGUACACGCACGGAAUGAAGGAAAGGUCGUUCGCAAGAUGCCCCCUCUGUGA